AUUUUUAGAGUUUCAAAGGAAGCUACACCUAAUUUCAUCGACGGAUUUCAAAUUUCAUCUAAAAAUAUAUUUUUAGAUGAAAUUAGAUGUAGCUUCCUUUGAAACUCUAAAAAUCAGCAUACUGCUAACAGCAAAAAAAAUCCUAGGGGGCCCAGGAAAAUGCUAAUUUUUUCGCAAACUCCGAGUGCAAAUUUUUUUUGAUAAAACUCCAUCAGUUGGGUUCAGCAUACUGAAAAAUCCUGGGUACGCCACUGAGAAUAUGACUGAGCUAAUCCAUGGAUGAAAAUAGUCAUCAGAUAGAACAAAAGUAGUCAUAGAUGCAAAGUUCCUUGAUGCUGUCUUCCAUGAUGAUACUGGAAUUACAAUGACAAAAAAAUGGCUUCCCAAUUUCUCCGUGCUGUUAUGUUCGAUCGAGCUGAACAUUUUUUUUUAUAGGCCCUCGACAUUUUUUGAAAUGGAUUUAUUUUUAUUUUUGUCAUUUGAAUAAAAAAGGCAAAAUAUCGAGAAAGAAUCCUAAAAAAAAUUGUUUUGAAAUAAAAAAGCCGCCAAUCCGAAAUAAUGUAUAAUAUAUGUGAAAAAAGUUUCAAUUCGAUCGAACAUAUUAACCCGAAGAAACUUUGGCACUUCUGUACUUUUUUUUCGUGAAAAAGUUGGUUUGAGAAGAACGCGAAACACUUUAUAGUUCCUACAAAUUUGAUUUCUUCUCAAUUAUUUUAACAUUUAAAGACAAUAUUUGUACUCAUUAGAUAGAUAUUACUUGAGACUAUACAAUGAUCACAAAACUUUGGAUCACGAAAAGCAAUAGAUGAGAACCGAAAAUAAGUUCAGCAAUUUUGUAUUUAUUUCUAUUGAUGAUUAAUGAAGGAAUUGGAGAACCGAAACUCAACGCUAAAAAAUUGGUUUAUAUAUCAGAUUGCCGAGCGCAUUAUGCUCUACAAAAUGACUAUAUUUAGUUGUCAUUAGCACUUGUUCAAAACGACUUACGUAGAUAGCAAAUGUCUGUUUAAUCAUUGGUCAGUCAAUUUUUCAAGACGUUAAAAGAUUCUUUCAUUACUAUUGUAUUAAAAUAUACACAAAAUUGUUCAGUUCAUCUUCGGAAACGAUAUAAACUUCUUAUUCUAAUCCACAAUUUGUAUGUCAAAAAUGAAUAAAAUAUUAUCAGACACUUCGGAUCAACUGUUCUGUUCAAACUAUUUCGUUAGUCAUUUCAAUGAUUCUAUCAUUUCUUUCAUACAACAUUACAUUCCGAAUUUCUGAAUUUAUAUUCGAAAAAAGCACAAAAUUUCAGUCAUAAUUGAUAGCUUUUCAUCUGUUGAGCAUACUUUCAAGAGCGUCAAAACUAAACAAACCUAUUUGUCUAAAAAUUUUCGGCACAUUCGUUAGAUAAUAUUAUAGAAUACGAUCUCUUUUUUUUAAAUAAAUAGUUCGAUUUAUAAGCUCAUAUUCUUUUGUUUCUAAUAGAUUUAGUGAUAAAACAAAAAAUGAUUUUUAUCAUCGUGAUACAUUUACAAAAUAUUCUGGAAAAUAUGAUUAUGUUAAACUUGAUUAUAAUCCAUCGACUUCGAAAAAUAAUGAUAAAAAUGAUGAAAACAAGAAAAAACGUGCAGAAGCUCUUGAAGAACUCAAAAGUCGACCAAUACCAGAAUCAAAACUUGAUAAACGUGUUCAAAAUCUUAUCGAAUUAAUUUGUAAUGUACGUUUAAUGGAAGAAGCAUUACUUGAAAUGAAAUUCGAUGCAAAAAAGAAUCCUCUUGGUAAACUUAGUUCUGCACAAAUAAAAGCUGGUUAUGCAGCAUUAAAAGAAAUCGAAAAUUUUAUCAAUACAAAUAAUUUCAAUGCUGCUUUUAUGGAAGCAAAUAAUACAUAUUAUACACGAAUUCCACAUGAAUUUGGUCGUCAUACUCCACCAUUAAUAAAAACAACUAAACAAUUAAAACAUGAAAUGGAAUUACUUGAAGCACUUGAUGACAUUGAAGUUAUAUUUAAUACUUUAAAUACUGAUACAAAUAAUCAUGUUAAUCCAAUCGAUCAAAAUUAUGAACAAUUAAAAUGUAAAUUAAAUCCAGUUAAUAAAACAGAUAAUAUUUAUCAAUUAAUUGAUAAAUAUCUUCAAUCAACACAUGCUGCAACACAUCAAUUAUAUAAAAUGCAAAUAGAAGAUAUAUUUGAAAUAGAAAGAGAUGGGGAAAAAGAAAUAUUUAAUGAUGUUGGUAAUAAAAUGCUUCUUUGGUAA